UAACAAUUAAAUUGGUGACAAAGGUGCAUCAGAUUUAGCUUCUGGUUUAGCAAAUUGCAUUAAUCUCUCAAAUUUGACACUUGACCUUAGUGAAAAUUAAAUUGGUGACAAAGGUGCAUCAGAUUUAGCUUCUGGUUUAGCAAAUUGCAUUAAUCUCUCAAAUUUGACACUUUAUCUUAG